GGCUUGUUGGGUCAAUUCACACCCAAAUCCCCAAACACAACAUUAGAAACAAGUACUACGUUGCAGCUUCCAAGGAUAUUUCAUCUCUCUCUCUCUACACAUAACAACUACAUGUGUUGUCAGUGACAUAAACCCAACCCAAUGCAGGAAAUACACUCCAUAGGAGGAGCCAGGUUCUUCUCCGGCGCCGCCGACCGGAGGCUCCGUCCCCACCACCAGAACCACCAGGCCCUCAAGUGCCCCCGCUGCGACUCCCUCAACACCAAGUUCUGCUACUACAACAACUACAACCUCUCCCAGCCCCGCCACUUCUGCAAAAACUGCCGCCGCUACUGGACCAAGGGCGGCGUCCUCCGCAACGUCCCCGUCGGCGGUGGCUGCCGCAAGUCCAAGCGCUCCUCCAAACCCCCCUCCGACUCCGCCCCUCCUCCCCCGCCGGACCCCGACCGCUCCAGCAGCGACAGCUCCACCCUCACCGCCACAGCCACCACCCACAGCCACAGCCACAGCCACAUGCAACACUCCGUUUUGGAGACCACUCCUCUGGACCAACCCUCAGGAACGGACUCCGCUGCUAUUUUCUCGGAGAUUGGGCCUUUCACUGCUUCUUCUUCGAACGACUCCUUGGCCUUCGCCUUCCCCGAUGCGUCGUCGUUUCCGUGGCAGCACCCCAAGCGUGACGAGGAAUUCAGCUCCUUGCUCGAUCACACCGUUGAUUUCUCCGCGAAACCCCCCCACGCUGCAUUCGGACCCUUGGAUUGGCACGCCACCGCAGAUCAAGGUUUGUUCGACCUUCCUAACGCCGUUGAUCACGCUUACUGGACCCACUCUCACUGGUCUGACAAUGACAAUUCUACUCUCUUUCAUCUCCCCUGAAUUCUUCCAAUCUUACCUUUUUCUUUUUUCUUUUUUCUUUUUACUUUCUUAUAUAAUUUAACCUUCAACCAGACCAAACCAAAGUGAAGACAAGAUCCAAGGAAGGACUUGGUAUAUUUAAUCACCAGCUGUAUAUUUUUUUUUAAUUUAUAAAUUUGGGGGGUGAUUCAGCUUGAUUUUAAUUAGUGAUUGAUGUGCAUGCACGACUAACUUUCAUGUUAGUUUCUUUUUCUUUUUUUUCGAGUUCACGUUUUAAUAUAUGUAUGUGGAAUUUGAUUGAUUAACAGAGAAGAUAUAGCAGGGUGUUUUAAUAUUCA